UAAAUAGUCACGUCAUUCUCGUGCACAUCAUUCAUGUUAAUAUUUCAUGACGUUAAUUUCAAAUCCUUUGCUUUCAUACUGGUUCAACUAUGCAAUAGGGCCUACCCAAAAUAUUAAUCACUCGAGGCUAACAAAAACAGUCAAGGCUUUGUCAAAACAUGAUGGAAGCUACUGGAAGGCUACGCUUAAUAUGAACAAAUGAAUGUACAUUUACAAGACAUGCUGCACAUGUCAACAGAGGAGCUGCGGAGGCGUGUAGUGGGAUUAGGCAUCGACGCAAGCACCACAUCCCAUUUACACCAACUGUAGCUCUGAGCGCGCGCACACUGUGAGUCCAGCAGGCAGAGGGAGCAGGAGACAGGAUGGCAUCUCUAGGACUCAAGGCGAUUGUCGGAGAAAAGAUUAUGAAUGAUGUCAUUAAGAAGGUGAAGAAGAAGGGAGAGUGGAAGGCUUUGGUGGUGGACAAGCUCAGCAUGAGAAUGAUUUCAUCAUGCUGUAAAAUGACAGACAUCAUGUCUGAGGGAAUCACAAUUGUUGAGGACAUAUCCAAGCGGCGUGAGCCUCUUCCUACCAUGGAAGCCAUAUAUCUCAUCACUCCAUCUGAUGAGUCAGUUGAAGGACUCAUCAAUGACUUCAGAGACCCCCGUAAUCCCAUAUACAGAGGGGCACACGUGUUCUUCUCAGACACAAUUCCAGACUCUUUGUUCAACUUGAUAAGUAAAUCCCGUGCCUCUAAAUCCAUAAAGACACUGACUGAGAUUAACAUUGCUUUCCUGCCCUAUGAAUCACAGGUGUACUCAAUGGACAACUCAGAUGCCUUCCAGGAUUUCUACAGUCCGUUUAAAGCUGAUGUAAAGAACCGGGUGUUGGAGCGUUUAGCCGAGCAAAUAGCCACCCUGUGCUCCACACUGAAAGAGUACCCAGCUGUUAGAUACAGAGGAGAGUACAAAGACAAUGCGGUUCUGGCCCAGAUGCUUCAGGAUAAACUGGAUGGUUACAAAGCGGAUGACCCCACUUUGGGAGAGGGACCUGAUAAAGCACGUUCCCAGCUAUUGAUUCUGGAUCGAGGCUUUGACCCUGUCUCGCCACUUCUGCACGAGCUUACAUUUCAGGCCAUGGCCUAUGACCUGCUGCCCAUUGAGAAUGAUGUCUACAAGUAUGAGACCAGUGGAAUGGGUGACACUCGUAUGAAAGAGGUGCUGUUGGAUGAAGAUGACGACCUGUGGAUGACUCUGAGACAUAAACACAUAGCAGAGGUGUCAACAGCUGUGACUAAAUCGCUUAAGGACUUCUCUGCAAGCAAAAAGAUGAACACAGGAGAGAAGACCACCAUGAAAGAGCUCGCCCAAAUGCUUAAAAAGAUGCCACAGUACCAGAAAGAAUUAAGCAAGUAUUCAACUCACCUGCACUUAGCAGAAGACUGUAUGAAGCAUUACCAAGGCUCAGUGGACAAACUGUGCCGUGUUGAGCAGGAUCUAGCUAUGGGCACAGAUGCGGAGGGUGAGAAGAUCAAAGACCCCAUGAGAGCCAUUGUACCCAUCCUACUGGACGCCACCGUCACCAUCAUGGACAAGAUCCGUAUCAUCCUGCUCUACAUCUUCCUCAAGAAUGGUGUGUCAGAGGAGAAUCUGUGUAAGCUCCUCCAGCAUGCUCAGAUCCCUCCAGAGGACAGUGAUAUCAUCUCUAAUAUGGCCCACAUGGGGCUUCCCAUCAUUUCAGAGCAAGUAACCACACGCAAAGGGAAGAAAUCUGACCGCAAGGAAAGAGUCAGUGAGCAAACGUACCAGCUCUCCCGAUGGACUCCGCUGGUUAAAGACAUCAUGGAGGAUGCCAUUGAAGACAAACUUGAUCCAAAACAGUAUCCUUACAUCUCCACACGCACAGUAUCCUCAAAAACUACCACAGCUACCAGUGCCCGUUAUGGAAACUGGCAUAAGAACAAGAGUCCAGGAGAGAUUCGCAACGGCCCACGCAUCAUCGUCUUCAUCAUUGGGGGUGUGACCUACAGCGAGAUGCGCUGCGUCUAUGAGGUCACACAGGCCAACGGCAAAUGGGAAGCGCUCAUCGGCUCCACCCACACCAUCACUCCCAUUAAAUACCUAAAGCAUCUGCAGCACCCAGACUUCCUGGACCCCAACGCGGCCCCGGAGGACCAGCUUCCUGCAGAAGAUAAGUGACGAAGACAAGAAACAAGAAUGUGGUGACAUCAUUGCCCUCUCUCACUAUUCUGGUAUCCUCAAUGAUAUGAUCCAACUAAAACUUCAUUAACUCACACAUCCAGACAUUGUUUCUACACUUUGGCUAAUUUCAGGCAGUCUGUCUUGUCAGCGAUAGGCUAUAGUGAAGUAUAUUAUUACUCAAGUAGCCUCUGUACCAUUCAUAAUCACCUAAAUAUAAGCCUCAGGUUGUAUCAGGGUUUGUCAACUAACUGAAAUAUACAUAAGGGAUCAUGCAGAGUCAGUCGGUCAUUAUCAAUAAACAAGGAAUUAUUAAGGUGUCAUUAUGCAUUGUUGCUAACAUGGGACCACUUGACUUGAUUGUAACUAAAAACAAAAGAUUAUUUAAAUACUCUCAAUGUUCAGCAUAGCAAAUUGAGUUUGAGAUUCCAGUUUCCUGUUCUGUAAAGUAGUUUGGCCUGCUAUGCAGUGGUCUGGUGUGUCUGCCAAGCAUGAUUGUGUCUAUUGUGUGAUGAUCAUGGUAAUAUUGGAUGCCCCAUUGUGAAAAUCAACUGCUUUGUGUUGUUUUAAUCUUGUGGUUAGGAAAUUAUAGUUACUAGUUUUGUAUACCGACUUUGUUCAUAUAGUAAAUCCUCCCUCUCUGAUGUUCUGUUCUUUUAGACGUUGUUUUACAUCUUCAGUAAGCACAAAAUUACUGUUCCUUGUGCAGUAAUGUAGUAUGAUUGCUUUUUAUGUUGUAGCCCAUUAUUUAUUUACAUUAAGAAUACAAAUUCAUGCGGUGUAAAUAUACAAUAUGUAUGCCAUAUUUAAAUAUAUUUAACAUAUUUAGCACAUCAGAGGUUAUAAAGUGCAAACCAGUGUCUUGUGCAUAUAUUAAAAUAAAUUGGCUUCUGUUAAACAUUUGAUUAUGACAUUUUGAGAGUUUUCAUGCCAUGCAAUCACACAUUAGGGUAUUUCUCAUAAUGUUAUAGAAAAUACACAUUAGUUCAAUUAUAAUAUUAAUAUGGUUUAGACGCAGGUGAAUAUUAAUGUGUAUAACAGUUGGAUAUGUUGAUAUAAUAACAAAAAGACCACUGACAAAUAGGAAGAAGAAUAUAGAGAUAAAAAAAAUUAUGCAUCAUUAUGCAAAUUGAUACAAUUAUCAUUAAUCAUUGCUGUUGGUGGACGUUGAAUGUCAAAGAAUAUAUUAAAGAUAAGACAUUUUUAAACUUAAAUGUUACGUUUCUUCAAAAAAGUACAUUUAAAAUAAAUGAAUAAUUGAAAUGACCUGCAAGACUUUGAAUGGUGUCAAAAUAAUUGCAAAACAAGAUAAAUUAAUUUAAAAAAGUUUAACAAAAAAAUAUUAGCAGUAUAAUAUUUUUAAAUAUUUUAGUAAACCUUAGCAAUUAAAAGCAUGUUCUUCAUUUGAACACACGAGGGCACCAAAACAACUUCAGCAGAGAAGAGCGACAAAUGACAGACAUCAACACUUUUUAGGUGGAUGAGCAAUAACAAUUUGAUUUAACCAAGUAUUGAAAAUAUGAAUCAAUUAGACAUAUAAUUCAAUCUUUAAAUAUUUAUUUAAGUCUCUUUUCCAGUUUGGCAUAAAUCAUAAAUAUUUCAGGCAUAAUAUUGUUACCCUGUACUGUCUCUAUAAGGUGUUGCUCUGUAAUUAGCCUAAGAUAUUACAGUUCCUGUAAAGUUACAAUAUUAUGUGUUUUACAUAGCAAAGUACAACAAAUGACAAGCAACAAAUAAAUAAAAAGAAGAUCUUAAUAAACUUAAAGACAGACUAUCUGCAUAACGAUUUGUGGUGUUUGAAUAACACAUCUAAAGGAAAGAGAACAUCAUUUGGGGUUGAAAGACUAAUAUGCUUAUAUGUUUCUAUACUAAGUGAUGAUGUUUUGGUUUCGUAUUUGAGGGUUUUUAUGUUUAUGUAGUCAUUGAAAACAUUAUAUCAACAGUAUGUGCAAAAAAUAUAUAUUACAUAAAUAAAAUAUAUACAGCUUUA